CGCCCCCGAGGAGCCACCGCCCAGCCGCUCGCAGGCGCCGCACGGAGCUGUGUCCCGGGGACUUGGGGCCGCAGGGAGCUGUGAGUGCCCAGGAAGCUGCACCGCAUGGCCUGGAGCUGUCUAUCCAUCCUUGCAGCCACCUAUCUGUCCGUCGACCCUUCCACAUACUGAGGCUUGACGCCGGAGCAUUUGUACAGAGCAAGGAGAAGACAAGAACAUGCUCUAAAGCCCUUCACAGCAAGACCCAGGAAGCCGCAGGCAAACUCAGACUCGAAGCCCUCCCACCGCCUGCCCACAAUGGCCUCUGCUGACAAGAACGGCGGGAGCGUGUCCUCUGUGUCCAGCAGCCGCCUGCAGAGCCGGAAGCCACCCAACCUCUCCAUCACCAUCCCGCCACCCGAGAAAGAGAACCAGGCCCCUGGCGAGCAGGACAGCAUGCUGCCUGAGAGGAAGAACCCAGCCUACUUGAAGAGCGUCAGCCUCCAGGAGCCACGCAGCCGAUGGCAGGAGAGCUCAGAGAAGCGCCCCGGCUUCCGCCGCCAGGCCUCGCUGUCCCAGAGCAUCCGCAAGGGCGCAGCCCAGUGGUUUGGAGUCAGUGGCGACUGGGAGGGGCAGCGGCAGCAGUGGCAGCGCCGUAGCCUGCACCACUGCAGCGUGCGCUACGGCCGCCUAAAGGCCUCGUGCCAGCGUGACCUGGAGCUCCCCAGCCAGGAGGCACCGUCUUUCCAAGGCACUGAGUCCCCAAAGCCCUGCAAGAUGCCCAAGAUUGUGGAUCCACUGGCCCGGGGCCGGGCCUUCCGCCACCCGGAGGAGAUGGACAGGCCCCACGCCCCUCACCCGCCACUGACCCCCGGAGUCCUGUCCCUCACCUCCUUCACCAGCGUUCGCUCUGGCUACUCCCACCUGCCGCGCCGCAAGAGAAUGUCUGUGGCCCACAUGAGCUUUCAAGCUGCUGCUGCCCUCCUCAAGGGGCGCUCGGUGCUGGAUGCCACCGGACAGCGGUGCCGGGUGAUUAAGCGCAGCUUUGCCUUCCCGAGCUUCCUGGAGGAGGAUGCGGUCGAUGGGGCAGACACGUUUGACUCCUCGUUUUUUAGUAAGGAAGAAAUGAGCUCCAUGCCCGAUGAUGUCUUUGAGUCCCCCCCACUCUCUGCCAGCUACUUCCGAGGGAUCCCACACUCAGCCUCCCCCGUCUCCCCCGAUGGGGUGCAAAUCCCUCUGAAGGAGUGUGGCCGAGCCCCAGUCCCUGGGCCCCGGCGCGGGAAGCGCAUCGCCUCCAAGGUGAAGCACUUUGCCUUUGAUCGGAAGAAGCGGCACUACGGCCUGGGCGUGGUGGGCAACUGGCUGAACCGCAGCUACCGCCGCAGCAUCAGCAGCACCGUACAGCGGCAGCUGGAGAGCUUCGACAGCCACCGGCCCUACUUCACCUACUGGCUAACCUUCGUCCAUGUCAUCAUCACGCUGCUGGUGAUUUGCACGUAUGGCAUCGCACCCGUGGGCUUUGCCCAGCAUGUCACCACCCAGCUGGUGCUGCGGAACAAAGGUGUGUACGAGAGCGUGAAGUACAUCCAGCAGGAGAACUUCUGGAUCGGCCCCAGCUCGAUUGACCUGAUCCACCUGGGGGCCAAGUUCUCGCCUUGCAUCCGGAAGGACCGGCAGAUCGAGCAGCUGGUGCUGCGGGAGCGAGACCUGGAGCGGGACUCGGGCUGCUGCGUCCAGAACGACCACUCGGGCUGCAUCCAGACCCAGCGGAAGGACUGCUCGGAGACUUUGGCCACUUUUGUCAAGUGGCAGGAUGACACUGGGCCCCCCAUGGACAAGUCUGAUCUGGGCCAGAAGCGGACUUCGGGGGCUGUCUGCCACCAGGACCCCAGGACCUGCGAGGAGCCAGCCUCCAGCGGUGCCCACAUCUGGCCCGAUGACAUCACUAAGUGGCCGAUCUGCACAGAGCAGGCCAGAAGUAACCACACAGGCUUCCUGCACAUGGACUGCGAGAUCAAGGGCCGCCCCUGCUGCAUUGGCACCAAGGGCAGCUGUGAGAUCACCACCCGGGAGUACUGUGAGUUCAUGCACGGCUAUUUCCAUGAAGAAGCAACGCUCUGCUCCCAGGUGCACUGCUUGGACAAGGUGUGUGGGCUGCUGCCCUUCCUCAAUCCUGAGGUCCCAGAUCAGUUCUACAGGCUCUGGCUGUCUCUCUUCCUACAUGCUGGCAUGGUGCACUGCCUCGUGUCUGUGGUCUUUCAAAUGACCAUCCUGAGGGACCUGGAGAAGCUGGCCGGCUGGCACCGUAUCGCCAUCAUCUUCAUCCUCAGCGGCAUCACAGGCAACCUCGCCAGCGCCAUCUUCCUCCCGUACCGGGCAGAGGUGGGCCCGGCGGGCUCACAGUUCGGCCUCCUCGCCUGCCUCUUCGUGGAGCUCUUCCAGAGCUGGCCGCUGCUGGAGAGGCCCUGGAAGGCCUUCCUCAACCUCUCGGCUAUUGUGCUUUUCCUGUUCGUCUGCGGCCUCCUGCCCUGGAUCGACAACAUUGCCCACAUCUUCGGCUUCCUCAGUGGCCUGCUGCUGGCCUUCGCCUUCCUGCCUUACAUCACCUUUGGCACCAGCGACAAGUACCGCAAGCGGGCACUCAUCCUGGUGUCGCUGCUGGCCUUCGCCGGCCUCUUCGCCGCCCUCGUGCUCUGGCUGUACAUCUACCCCAUUAACUGGCCCUGGAUCGAGCACCUCACCUGCUUCCCCUUCACCAGCCGCUUCUGUGAGAAGUACGAGCUGGACCAGGUGCUGCACUGACCGCUGGGCCACACGCUGCCCCUCAGCACUGCUGGCACAGAGUCUGCCUGCGAGGGCUGCCCUCUGCAGAGCGCCCUGCAUGCCAGAGAGCCAGAGACCCAAGACAGUGCCCGGGCUCUGGACCUGGGUCCCUCCUGCCAGGCGAGGCUGACUUCACAUGAGAUGGUUGAUUAAGGUGGGAUUUUUCAUGGGCGUGAGGCCUGUGUGAUCCUGGCCUAAGCUCAGGCACCCCCCAAGGCACCUCCCUAUCUGAGCCUUGGGUUCCAGGUCCCAACAUCCCGUUCCCUGCUGGGACCAUCUCCUGGGGCAGGGUCCUUUUCUUCCCAGGGUCCUCAGCGCUGUCUCUGCUGGUGCCUUCUCCCCCACUACUACUGGAGUGUGCCCUCGCUGGGGACGUGGCUGUGCCCUCAGUUGCCCCAAGGGCUGGGUGCCCACCAUGCCCCUUCCUGUUUCUCCUCCUACCUCUGCCCUGUGAGCCCAUCCAAAGGCUCUCAGAUGGGACAGUGUGGGAAAGGCUUUGGCCGUGGUCUGGGGGCAGAGAACAAGUGAGGAGACACAAGCAGACCUCAGGUAGAAUGAGACUGGGUGGAGCCACCCUAGGGCCUGCUCCCAGGGGGUGCUCCAGGCGCAUCAGGCCCGUUUUUUACCAGUUUAUAUCAUGGUCUUCAUUUUUAAAAGUAACGCUAACUUUGUACAGAUGAUGUCUCAUGGAUUAAAUAAUAUUCUUUAUGGCAGUA